GCCGGUGGUGACGGCCAUAGCUGAGUUUGUCAGCGGGUAGAUUGUCUUUGUUCCCGCCCCCUGGAACAUGGAAUUUGAACUGUCAACUCUUGUGGUUUUUGUACUAGUCAACAGUUACAUCACGUUGUCGAAGGGCGGUUGCUAGCCCUUGGAUAGCCAUGGAAGCAAUUCAUAUCCCUUUGGGGGCUCAAGAGACAGGAGCUCAAGGAGAUAGAGCUCAAGUUCCGAAUGAUAACGUGCUUGAAGAAAAGCGAGUGAAGCAGAUGAUGAGAGCUUGCUAUGAAGAUGGCAUCCUUCCAGCGAACAUUGAUGGAGGCACCAUGGAAGUCAAUGGCAGGGAGGUAACUUUCGUGCUUAACAACUCGAUUGACGAACUGAAGGUGAGGUGGCUGAAGGCCAGGACAGUGACGGUGAUAUUUCGUGAUGGGGCAAUAUUCCUUCCAAGGAGAGUCAAGGAAGAUGUUAUUCGCGCUUACAAAGAUGGUUGGAUGAGGGACGACACCUUUGGAGCAAAUUUCAAACGAGGCCGAAUCAAAGUGGAGUCUCUGAAUGUGGCUUCUUAUGUUCCAAGGAUACAAGAAAUUACCGAUUGGAUGCUGAACAAGAAGACCGAUUUCAUCGAUUUGGGAGGAACCACAUACCGCACUGAGUUCAAACCCUGGAUGACCAGGGCCGAAGUCAGAGAUUGGAGGAUGACUAUUGAUGAUAAGUUUUUUUGGGUAGUUGCUGUUGGAGUACGUCUGGACGAGAUGGUCUUUCUACGAGAUCACGUGGAGAGAGCGAUUGGGAGAGUUGUGAAGGCCCAUUUACCAGAAGCCGGCGAGGUUGACCCAAAAUUGGUCAACCUGCAGUUUGAUAUUGACUCCAGCAGGAAAGAGUUUAUGAAGGAUAAGAUAUGGAUCAAACCUGCCAGGGAGACCUGAUGGAGGUGAAGUUGGCAUGUGCUGAUAGCGAAUGGUGCAGAAGGUGCCGCACGUUCUUCCAUACGGAAGAUACUUCCAGGCAUGCAAGGAGGAAUCAAGGGGAGCGACCUUCCAACAAUCCACAAGCGUCUACUGCCUCUACAGGAGGAGUUCCUCGGUCACAAUAUCAAGGUCCGCUUCGAGCACUAGGAGCGGCCGCCCAACAGUCCUCCGGAGUAGGAAUCAGCAACAUGGCGCCACCUGGAAUUCCAGCGGAAACUGUACUUCGAGUUAAUCCUACGUUUUCCCCCUUCCCUCGACAGUCAAGUGGAGGAGGAGGAGUCCAGCAACCCGUCCCGGUGAAUCCGACGACAAAUCUUGCCUGGGCAUCAUAUCUGCAAGGAAUUCCGCCGCAUCCGUUUCUGCCUCAACAACAAGGCUUCUCUGGUGCAGAUCCACUUCUGAAUGCUAGUCCUGCAGUGGUUAACCUUCAUGCUUUUGCCCCUUAGACCUAUGGGCAAGGGGGUACGCUCCAAGGUAUGAAUCGGGGUAUGGGAAUGAAUCCCCAAUACCAGC